UUGGAUCUAUCUAAAAUACAGCGUGAAGAGAUAGAGAUAGACAUCUCCGAGCAAACACAAACCACGUGACCCAACACACACUGAAGUCAGGUGACCUCCGUGUGACAGGUACAGUGUGUUGGAAGGAUGGAAUGAAAAGGACUUUGAGACAGUCUCAUUGGUUAUCAAUGCCGUACAGGGGAAUCAAGAAAAUACACCGAAUCCUUCCUCCCUACUCGCUCAAAGAUCCUCUUAUGCUUCGAAUCUUUUGGUUUUGGAUUCCAUUUUCACCUAAACACUCCCUCCUCGUCUUCUUAGCAUCAUUUGCGAGCACGCGACACCAAGACUAUCCUCCGAGUCCAAAGAACUCUUCCGAGUACAUGAAAAGGUGAUAGGGUAUGGAAUUUGCAACAAGAGCACCGAGGUUCAGACAGAGCAGACUUCCCCAGAGGUAUCCUAGAA